UUUUUUUUUUUUUUAAAUCUUCUUUACCGAAUAAUCACAGGCUGGACUGCAAUUCUGUGAACUAUGUCAGAGAGCUUUGUUAGGAAGAUUCAGCCUUUCACCAUUGGGACUAAACUUUCUGUUCCGACAGUGUCCAAAUGUACCGAGUUUACAAACACGUACUUACCAGAUCCUGAACUGGACAACUGUAAUUUACGACACAACCUGAAUGAGAAAAUUCCUUUAUAUCUGGGGAACAGAGAACUGCACACCGAGACCUCACACUUUUCACCUGUGGCCAACAGACUACUACAGGUGGACAGGAGCCAGGAGGAGAUCUCGGAGGAAGACCAUGAGAACAGUAAUGGCGCAGCUCAGGCAACAUCCUCCCGCUCCAUCCGAAAAAUUACCAUCUCUAGUGGGCUUGAGAAAGCACUGGAUAAAGUGGCCAGUAGCCCAAAGAUGACCAUCACUAAACCGGAGAACAUUAAUAAUAACAACAACGCCUGCAGAGUUUUGCCAAGGAUUGUUGGAGUGAGCUGUGAAAAUAAGCCAAAUUCCCAGUUUAAGGUUUUACUAAGAAAAGAAAGUGUUGAUGAAGAGCAAAAUGUAGCAGGCAGUCCAUCAUCACCUGCGUCAUGGCACACAACCGACACUGCAACGCCACAUCACUUGAUUCCUCUAUCAAGCCCAUUGCUGUCAAAAAAGGAGCCAUCAAAGAUAGAUAACAGCGCUACUGGAGAUGAAGUCAACAACUCACCGACAGUCGCCAGACAACAAAACGACUGCAGUUUAACACAACGCACAGCACAGUUUAACAAAGAGCUGUCGCAGGCAGAAACAUGGAUUAGAAGAAAACUGCAGGAUUUGAAAGACGGGAGUAACAUCCAACGAUACCCUCUGCAAGACUGGGAGCAAAUUUCUCAAACGUUACAAAGGGAACUCAAAGACUUUGAGAACACUUUAAUCCAACUCAAUCAGAUGGGCGAACAGCUUAUCAGCAAGCAGAACCCAAUGUCAGAGAUGGUUCGAAAACAACUUAAUCAGCUUAAAGAGCAAUGGCAGAUACUGAAAUUGACAGCUGCCAAUCAAUCAAAAGCAGUGGGAAGUGCUAAGAAUUUACAAGAAUUCAACAGAAAAGUUGACAAACUAGAAGACUGGAUUAAGGAAAAGGAAGAAAAGAAAUGCCUCGCUCUGCUUCUGGAGGACAAUAUUGACAAAAUUCAACUGACACGGAAAAUACUGGACCUGAAACAGGAUGAACAGCAGUACCGUGCCCUUCAUGAUGAAAUCAACAGCAUGGCUCUGAAACUUGAAAAACAAGGAAAAAAUGAAGGCAAGAAUAUCUCAACGAGAAGAAAGCACAUAAACAAAAUGUGGCUUAAAGCUCAGGCUCUUAUCAAAGAUCAUCAUGAAAACCUCCAGCUGGCUCUGGAAGCCUCAUCCUUCUAUCAACAAGCAGAUACAAUAAUCAGAACUGCAAAUGCCAAGAGGAAGUGUAUUUCAAGUAGCAGUGGGCAAGAAAACAGCACUGAUAGAGACAUGAGGGAUAUUGCCAGUCAGAUUAUGAUGCUGGAUGUGACUGUUUCUCAGCUGUCAAACCUUCAUCCGAUCCUGGCAGCAAGAGUCACCCAGAAACAAAAAGAAGUGAAAGACAGCUGGGUCCUUCUCCAGCAGGCUGUGAGGAAUGAAAAGUCGAAUCUCCAGUCAUCAUGCUCUGACUUCACGAGGGAAGCUGGUGACCCUUUGACUUCAACUCGAGAGUCACAAUGCAGCGUGGGAAAAGAGGCUCACAGAAUUAUGGGAAAGGAGGUUAAGGAAGAACAGAAUCGGCUGAAAGGAUGUGUGAUCAGUAGCUUGGGUGUGAGGGAGCCUGGGACUAAUAGGAAGUCAAUAAAAAGCCAAGAUGAAGAACAGCUUUCAAAGCCCAUCACAGAAACAGGAAGCAACCCCAACGAGACAGAUGAUGUCACUGACAGGCGCCAGACAGAGGGGGGAAGGAAGAAAAAGAAUGACACCAAAGCUGCCUCCCUGCGUGAAAAUUCCCAGGUCCAUAUACAGUUACAAAAAUUUACCAUCUCUGCAGACAAGACACUACUAUGGCUGAAAGACAAUGUAGCCAUGGCAACAAAGAUUUGUUGCACAGAAAAUCAAGAUGGACUGGAGUCAGCAAAAAGGUGUCAAGCGGCAUUAGAAGAUGAAAUUAUUUCUAACAGCUCCCGAAUUGAACUAGUUAAAAAGGAGGGAAGAAGUCUAGUUCGUGCUCAGCAUCCAGGAAGUGCAAAGAUUGAAGAAUUCCUAGGGCAACUAGAAGUACUCUGGGAAGAGCUAAUAAAGAGACAUCAGAAGAAUGACAUUUUGCUUGAAGAAUCUGAAAGACUAAAUAUAAAGUCUUUCAAAGUGCAGAAGGACAUGAAUGACUUGGGACAAUGGCUAAAAACAGUGGAAUCUUCCAUUUCUUCUGACACCCCACUGAGUGGAGAUCCAGAAUCAAUGAGUGCAGCUGAGAGGGAGAGCAGCCUAUUAAAAGUAGAAGUGGUUUCUCGAGGAAUGGAGCUUCGUGCGCUAAAACAGGAGGUGGAAAAGCUACGACACAGAAGACACUAUCUAGCAGAGAAGCUUCAGUCCCAAAUGGGCCAAUUAGAGGACAUAUAUCUAUCUGUGUUGAGUGCUUUGAAGCAGCAAACCUCUGAAUUACAGGAUACACGCAUGUUGACAGAGUUCCUGGAAAAAGUUCAAAGAGAAGAGAAUCAAAUCCAAAAGAGAAGCCUCGAUAAGAGCCAACAUCGCGACACAACUCUUCCAGAGUCUUGCCCUUUACCUUUAGUGGAAGUAGACCCCCAUUUCAUUGACAGUGGAAGGUUUGACUCUGACAACAUUGCAGACCCUAUGGAGGAACUACGAGAAGCUGUGGAAAUGUUAAAUGAUACUGUGAGAGAGAGGGGCAUGUCCCUGACUGAAGAACUUGAAAUUGAAGAUUUAUUCAUCCUGCAUUCUAACAUCUCACUAAGAAUCAGUCAGCUAAUGUCAAAGAAUAGAGAGCUGUGUGCUGAAAUUCCUAAGGUGGAAACUGAAAUGGCUGUGAAGUGUAAACCAGAUCUCUGUGCCUUGGAAAAUUUGACCAACCAGCAAGAAGACAUGGAGAUUGACUAUGAAGUUGUCAAAGAAGAAGUUGAAGAAUUAGAAAAUCAAACUAUUCGCUUUGAGACCUUGAGAGCACAUGCCCUAGAGGAAGAGGUACGAAGGACAUUGAAAGCCUGGGAAGAUCUUGGCACAAUCAUUGCAGAAAGUCGAGAAAGACUAAACCAGGCCAGGCUACUGCAGGAUUUCUUUAGAAAUUACCUGGCAAUGAUCUCAUGGACUGAAGAAACCAGAAGUUGUAUUUUCUCUGAGAAUGCAGCAAAGCUUGCUGAAGUUGGCCAAACAGCAAUGACGAAAGAACUGGAUAUAAAGAUUGAACAAAAGUUUCAAGAGUUUGAAGAGCUGGCUGCAGCAGGACAGAAGUUAAUCAAUGAAGAUCAUCAUUUGACAAUGGUGAUUAAGGAGAGGACAGAUGAGCUGAGGAGCAUGUUAGGCUGGAUUUUAGUUCGCUGGAAGACACAGAAACACCACCUUAACCACGGGAAGCGAAAAUCUGAGCCAAAGGGGGAUAUAAUCUAUUCAGAAGCUAUGGUGUCUGGUAUACCUCUGCCAGAUCAGCAGGAGGAAAAACAAGAUUCUGGUGAAAGGCCUAUGGGAUGCCAGCUGAAACUCCAUGAAGAACAAAGGAUGCUAAUCUCCAGCAAUCAAACAGAAAAUUGUUACGAAGAAAUGGCCAGCAUCAGCCAGAGACCUGGAAAUGUGAAAUUAUCAGCUGCAUCUGGGAGCCAGCCACUUAGCACUGAUGCUCAUGAUUCACCGCUGCUGGUUCUCAAAGAGUCGUCUACCUCAUCAUUAGGGGGCACAGUGAACCUCAUCUUCAGUUUUAACAAAACCGCUGACAGUCACUUGCAGGUCACAGACUCCAUGGAUGAAACAGAGGUCCGGGAACCUAUUCACAGGCCCUGUGACUCUAAAUCCUCUGGCUGUAAAAACUUUUGGAAGCGCUGCCAGGGCCUUUUGGAAAAUACUUUUGGUAGUUUAAAGAGAAAGACAAAGAUUUCUCGGCAGAAUGCUGAAGAGGUAAGUACCUAUUUGCAUGUAGAGAACAACAACAAAGCAAUGCCGCCUUUGGUUGAGAAUGUCACUUUGCCCUGUACUGUCAGUAAAGAACAUCUCAGAGCCUCCACCUCCCCUCUAUCCAAGAUCAGUAGUGUGUCAUUCCUUCCCAUGUCAAAAAUCAGCUGUGGUUCUGUCUUCAGCAGCCUGAAAAGACGAGGUAAAACGAAAAACCCAGAUGCCCGCAGGCACACCAUUCAAAAAAUAAUGGCCGUUGACAGUGGGAUGUUUUCUGGAGAGAAAGUUCAAUAUAACACUUACACUUGGCCUCUAAGAGAAAAAAGGAAAAAGAAAUCAUUUCAGAAUCCUGUCAUCUCAGAGCCUUCAGACUAUGUCAAAAACCCGCUUGCUAAAGACAUUGAUUCAGAAUGUGUAGACAUCAUGCUUCCAAAAGAAAGUAAGUCUUGGGUUAAAGCGGCCGCGGUGCCCCCAGUUAAUAAGAACUGUAAACAUCUUUCUUUGGGCUCUGUUUUGAGUGUUGAGCUCCCCAAAGACUUGAGUCUGAUAAGUGGCAUCCCUGGUCUCAUCAAAAUUGAACCUCAAGAAGCAAAAGUGAAAGAUGGUCUUGACAGUACAACAGAGCUGGACUUUCAGAAAUUACAAACCAGAAAAGGUCACCUGGACAUGACUGUAAGAGAGGUCCGAGGCUGCCCUAAUAUCACAGCUGGAGAGCAUUCUAGACGGGUUCCUCUAAGUAAAAUGUUUACUAAAAAUCAUGACAAUUUCCCUUGCCAGACCACUCUGAAUAAAAAUUCAAGCAGCAUAUUGCCAAAUAAGUCUACCAUUUGCCAUAUAUCUUCAUCUUGUCACAUGUCCAAAGAGUCCAUACUUGCCACAGCUGCUACACAGGAUUCCGGUGAUGAUAUUUAUCUUUCAGAACCAAGCAGUCUACCCGGAAUAAAUGUUUUAUGUGAAGAGGCGAGCCGUGAAUGGGACAGGCUGGCUGCCGCUGUGAGUUCUGAACAAUACGAGAGAGCUAAUUGUGCUUACACCACUGUAGAAGAAGGACACUGUCAAUCAAAUGUACUCAGAAUGCCUUCAGUUCCUACAAGUGAAGUCAUUCAAGUAGUUCAUGAAUUAAGUGUGAAAGAAAACCUAGAUUUUGACAGGACCCCUGGUCAUGCCACGAAAGACCAAAUGAAUAAGGCAACCACGGCACAAAAGUAUGAAUCAAUACCUUACAGAAUGCAGACAAAGGCAGAAAGAUCCUCAAGUAAAUGUGAGGGAAAGGACGUUAAGUCAAGUUCCAGUCAUGGCCUUGAUAGCGAUUCCAAAGAGCCCUUUCAUCCAGAUCAUCAGCAGUUUGAAGAGGAAGAAGCUGAGCUUGAAGACAUCUGGAACAAAAGUGAAGAUUAUCGGCAGAGUAUUUGCUCUGACAUCAUGUAUCAAACCUAUAAGCAGGAUGAGGCUAACUCCUCUUUGUCACAACCAGUUCCUGAUAUCACCUACCGAAAGCUUGUCACCACCUCAGCCCCUAAUCUGCUUGUUGCUGAGUUUAGACUGCCUACACCUAUACAGACCUUACUGGGCUAUACUAAAGGAUCAACUGAUGAUGAGAAGUGUAUAGCCAAAAGUCAGAGGAAGUCCUGGGCAGCUUUUUCUCAUAAUGAACAGACUAACCAGCAAAUUGCACUGAUUAAUGAAACUGCAUCUGAUUCAGUGAAACUGCCAAAUAUAGAUGAUAAGCAAAAAUAUAUUUACAAGUAUAGAGAGGAGGAGGAGGAGGAAGAAGAAAGCAUUAACAAAUUUAAGGACCACUCACUGAGUCUUCUAUCAGUCCACAUGGGACUGGAAAAUAAUGGCAAAGAGCCGCUGGCAUCUGAUACCAAAGACUACGAAAACAUGGAACAAAUGGAAGCCCUUGAAAGCCGUGGUCUAUCCGACAUUAUGAAUGGAAGAAGGCUGGUGUUCCAGUCAAUGGAGGGAACAUUGGAGAGGAAACACAUGCUGCAGUUUGGUGGGAAGAAGGCAGCCUCAAGGACCUGGAACACAUACCAUGCUGUGCUUUUCAAGCAAACUCUCUGCUUCUACCAGGACAGAAAAGACACACUAAGGAGUUGCAUAGCUGGCAUGCCACUCAACCUGACAGGUGCUGUUUGCAGUCCUGCCCCUGAUUAUACCAAAAAGAUGAACUGCUUUCUCCUCCAGCUGCGUGAUGGCUCUGAAUAUCUUCUAAGUGCUCCUUCCCGGUUUCUGAUGAAAAAGUGGAUACUUAAAAUCCAAGCAAAUACAGGUGUCUGCCUGAUGGAUUCCUCUCGGCCUAUAACUGGAUGCUUAGCUACAGCAGAUGUCAAGUCAAUUGAAAGCUAUGCAAGCAGCUCCACGUCUUCUGUUCCUCAGGAAAGCAGCAAUUCAUCUUUUCCAGAGCAGAGUUUAGCAGUCUCAUCAAGGGCUAAAGAGAUUACAGUUCUAACAAGAGAAAAUGUCAGAUUGCCAAGCUGCUUGGGCAGCCACAUGCAAGAACUCUCGACACCUCUGUCUACUGACAGAAGCCAUCAAGGUGAUUAUUAUGGGUCCUUACGCCAAGCCAUGAAACAGAAGCUAUCUCAGCGAAGCAAAGAAACGUGUCAUCUGCCAGAGGAAGAGUACUAUGCUGACAUUGACACAGAUCUGAUGAUAAACAAACGACGCUCACAUUCCUUUACCUCAGCUGCUUACCAAAAAAUAACUCCUGUUUCCAUGCCUUUUGGGAAAGCUGAGGGAGGUUCCAGUUACUCAGUAACGCUUUUCAUUGGAGACCAUUUAACUGAGGUGCCUAGCAGACAGUGCCAGACAAUCCUGAACAGCCCCCCACAAGCAGUGCCGCAGGAGGUCCAUCUGCCUGAAUGGCACCCAGAGUUUCACCUGCACAGACCCAGCAACAGGAAUUAUGGGAGUCUCCCAAGAGCAAGAAACAAAUCUGUCUUUAAGAAGUUUUUUGGGAAAAAAGAGUAACGUUGAAAACAAGAACAUUUGUAAAUUGCAGUUGCGGUUUUGUUUUGCGUACAAAUUGUACUAUGCGCAGAGCGCAUUUGUAAUUUUUCGUUCAUAUUAAGUAUGGUUAAGGCAGUAGAUUAUGUGGCUGAUCUUGGUGUUGUGCAUUAGGCGUCCUGACCACAGAGGUGUUCUACCAGUACACUUUGAGAUGUAUAGCGUAUUGUACAUACUGACCAAUGAAGCUAGCGGGCUUGAUUUUUACCAGUCACCCUCACUUUCUUUAUCACCACAUCCUUCUCUUUAUCCUUUGUCACUUACAGAUCAGAGAUUCUACAAGGUGUUUAGGGCAUUGCAUACAUAAAGCAGUUCAUUUUUCUACGUUCUUCAUUUGUUUAGUUCAAUUACUGGAAAAUAUAUGCUGCUUUAUUUCUCCUCAUCAGAGACAAAUGACUACAAAUGAAAAAUUAAAUGAUGGUGUAAGAAUUCAUCACCCAGAACUCCAAUUCAGAGGACAGUGGGUUUUUUUGGGGGUUGGUGUUACAAAAAAUUAAGACAUUAUGUGAUAAUUCAAUAUACAUUGAAUAAUUUUGUGAUCAAUUUCAGAAUUCUAAAUCUAAAUUCAAGAAGUGAAAAAUUAAAGUAUACCCAUGAGUAUUUGGAAAAUCCAAAAACGUGGCCAUCAUGAGCUGUGUGCUGCCAUUCUUUAUAGCAUCGCUGUCAUGAUGUUGUAGGUCACAUGAUCCGUGGCCAUAGCACGUAUAAAUAACAGCA